AUGCCGGACCAUGACAGCGACUCCCUCCUGAACAGACAGACCAAGCGAAGACGUGUGGACAUCGGUGUGAAGAGGACCGUGGGUAGCGCCGCCUCCGCCGCAGCAGCGACAGCGACUACUGAUAGCAUUGCGCGCGCCAAAGCAGCCAUUUUUAGUGCCAUGAACUCUCUGAGCGCUCACUCUCACCACGGAUCAGACGCAGACCCCAUGGAGUGCUCUGUAGUGCAGCCGCACGGGGGGCCCGGCGUGGUAUCGGCCGGCGACAGCGAGUCAAAGUCCAACGUGCUGCGAAAGCUGCUAAAGCGGGCCAACUCGUACGAGGACGCCAUGAUGCCCUUUCCCGGCACUACUAUUAUCUCGCAGUUGCUCAAGAACAACUUAGCUAAAAACGGCGGAGGGCCAGAAAGAGGGGAUAGAGGCGAAAGAGUCGACCACGGCUUUCCCGGAUCUGGGCUCUCAAAUACGAGCUCUGACGCGCCCCAAGAGGACGCCUGCAGCAAUUCCUCCCAAGAAAGCACCCCUCAGGAAUGCUUGUCGCCUUUCGGCCGGCCCCCCGGCCUGGGCGCAUUCGACAUGGAGCGUCUUAACGACGAGCACUUGCGCGCCAAGCGGGCCCGAGUGGAGAACAUCAUUCGCGGUAUGAGCCACUCCCCGAGCGUCCUAGUGCCGCCGUCUUCUCGGCACGAACGCGACCACGACAUGGACGGGGACAGGGAAAUGGAUCUGGAGUGCGCGCCCCCUCGCAGCAGCAGCAGGGAAAAUAAGCGCAAGCAGCGUCUGCCUCAACAGCAGCAACAGAGUUUCACCCAGCUGGUGUGUCAGAGGAAAGAGCAAAAGCAGGAAGAGCGGCGACAACUCAAGCUCCAGCUGGAGGACAUGCAGAAACAGCUGCGCCAGCUCCAGGAGAAAUUCUUUCAGAUCUACGACUCAACCGACGACUCCGAACACAACGACCUGCACAAUGACAUAGGCAACCUGUCCGAGGACAGCCCGGUGAGAUCCGACAAUGGCGGUGACGAUCAAGGCGGGGACGACCGGGGUGGCGAAGACUUGCGCUCCGAUAACGAGAUGUCCGACCUUGAUCCUGGCCACUUCCUGGAUCGGGCGCGGGCGCUGCUUCAACAGCAGACUCUUCUAGGGGAAGGAGAAAAGCCGAGGCGAGAUGGAAUUGGCCGAAGCAAAGGGCAGGGAGGCCCGGGAGCCUCCAUGCAUGCCGAAGGUAAACAGCUGGCAGAAACUCUGAAGCAGGAACUCAAUUCCGCGAUGACACAAGUUGUGGACACUGUCGUCAAGGUGUUUGCCAAGCCGCCGCGUCCCACGCCCCAGCAGGCAUUCCCCCCGCUUUCCCUACCCGCUGAAAGGUUCUCCACAGCCGUCAAUGGGGACAACCCUAACUUCCACACCACCAACCAGAGGCUGCAGUGUUUCGGCGACGUCAUCAUUCCCAAUCCGCUAGACUCCUUCGCCGGCAUUCCCGGAAUCCCGGGUGCGGUGAAUGACCAAACCGAGGCCCUGCCGUUAGUCGUCAGGAAGACUCCCAGUGAGCACCACCACCACCAUCAUCACCAGUCCUCAGCUGUGGGUGCCCACGGUGGUCACCACCAUCCAUCUCUUCACCCUUCCUCACUCUCCGCCUCAAUGGGGUUCAGCCCCCCCUCCUUCCGACACCCGUUUCCCCUCCCGCUCAUGGGUUAUCCCUUCCAGAGUCCCCUUGGCCCACCCGCGGGCAGCUACCCGAGCAAGGACCGCUCCUCACCAGACUCCAUGGACCUGUCCCGUGAGACCACGAGUCUGAGGACCAAGAUGUCAUCCGGACACCACCUGGGGCACCACCAUCGCUCGUGUUCGCCAGCGCACCCUGGCAGCACGGCGGAAGGACUCUCCUUGUCGCUCAUCAAAUCCGAAUGCGGCGACCUUCAAGACAUGUCCGACAUCUCGCCUUACUCAGGCAGCAAUAUACAGGAGGGUCUCUCCCCGAAUCACCUGAAGAAGGCCAAGCUCAUGUUCUUUUACACCCGCUACCCGAGCUCCAACAUGCUCAAGAUGUUCUUCUCUGACGUCAAGUUUAAUCGCUGCAUCACCUCGCAGCUCAUCAAGUGGUUCAGCAACUUCCGCGAGUUCUACUAUAUCCAGAUGGAGAAGUUCGCCCGGCAGGCCAUCAACGACGGCGCCGCCGGCGUGGAGGACCUGAGCGUGAGCCGCGACUGCGAGCUCUUCCGAGCCCUCAACAUGCACUACAACAAGGCCAACGACUUUGAGGUCCCCGAUCGCUUCCUGGAAGUCGCCGAAAUCACGCUCCGGGAAUUUUUCAACGCCAUCGUGGCGGGCAAAGACGUGGACCCUUCUUGGAAGAAGGCCAUCUACAAAGUGAUCUGCAAGCUGGACAGCGAAGUUCCCGACAUCUUCAAGUCGCCCAACUGCCUCCAGGAGCUUCUACACGAGUAA